AUGGAGAACCUGAAGGACUCGCUACCUCCAGGCAUGGCAGAUGCGGCUAUCAACAUUCCAGGCGUUGGCGCUAUACUGCAGCUUCUCCUUAACAAACUCGGUUUCGAUGUCGGAAGCACAAUGUCUUUAUAUCUUUUACUUUUCGGUCUAUUCCAAGGUGCGCUGUUCAUGUACACUCAGGGACGUGGAUUUAUAUUAGGGCACGGUACCUCAGCAAUAAGGAUAGACGAUGAUGAUGACUUAUACCCCCAAUUUAUAUCCUGGAUAUCAGAACACCGCAUGACAGAAGUCAGCCGAGAUCUAAAAGCCACAUCCAAAAAGCCCAGAGCACGAGGCGACGAAAUAGACAACGACAAUGCCUCAGAGGCAGAUUUUGAGGACGUCUUGGACGACUCUGGCAUUUUUAAUUACGAAAAGUACAAGGGUACUAGUCCAACGUACUACGAACCCAACAUGGGUGACGACAGCUUCACCCACAACGGUCAUUACUUCCAGUUCAGCAAGGACUGUCAGGAGAAUAAGUACCAAGAGCGCAUUGAGUACUUCCUCAUCAUUCGUUGUAUGGGCCGUAGCACGAAGCCGGUCAAGGACCUAAUAGACCAUGUUAAGGAGUGGUCGGCGCACAAGCCUAACAAGACGACUGAGAUCAUGCGCGCUGAGAUAAAACAUGGUGGGUAUUGGCACGUUCAGUCGAAUCGCCCUUCACGACCGAUUAGCACAGUGACGCUGGAUGAAGCGCAGAAGAACAAGGUCGUUGCGGAUAUCAAUGAGUACCUUCACCCAGCUACUGCUCGGUGGUAUGCUGCACGCGGUAUUCCGCACCGCAGAGGAUACCUUUUUCAUGGUCCUCCUGGUACCGGUAAGACGUCGUUGAGCUUUGCCGUGGCUGGCAUCUUUGGACUGAGCGUAUAUUGCGCUUCGCUGAGUGAGCGAGAUAUGAGCGAGUCGGAUCUUGCGUCGCUAUUCGGGCAGCUACCGAAUCGCUGUAUCGUCUUGUUGGAGGAUAUUGACAGCGCAGGUAUCCGGCGAGAUAAAUCCUCUGUAAUUCCAGAACAAGAGCAUGACUCUGCCGUUAACGAGUCCGACAAGUCGUCUGCUCCAGCGCCAACAGAGAAGGUGACAGAAGAGAAGGAAGACAACAACGACAACAAAUCCGAAAACAAAUCCGAAGAGAAGCAGCAUGAUAGCGUUGAAAUGGAGAAGAAAAAGUCCACCCGCAGACGCAUAACGCACUCACUCCAUCCCCGCAAAUCUUCCAGCAAACCCAACAGCGAGACUACUACCCUUGCCACCACAGCCUCGUCACCAGCCUCCGCACCCCCAUCCGUCCUCACACCCGCACCCAGCAUAAAAGAAGUCGCCACCAGCACCAAACCAACUUCCACGCCAACUCCUCCUCCUCCUCCUCCGCCACCCAUCGACGAAGAAGGCAGCAAGAGCAAAAUCUCACUUGCAGGCCUCCUCAACAUCAUUGACGGCGCCGCGUCGAGCGAAGGCCGCGUCCUCAUCAUGACGACGAACUACCCCGAGAAACUCGAUUCAGCGCUCAUACGCCCUGGGCGCGUGGAUCUGCAAAUCAAAUUCACACUAGCGACGAGGACGCAAGUGGAAGAAAUCUUCAGACGCAUGUAUAGUGAUGAGGCGGAUGGUAAGAAGUGUGAUGGUAGUGAUGGAGGAGAAAAGAAAUACGCACCAGAAAAGAAGGGUAGUAGUAGUAAUGAUAAGAGGAAGGAGGAGGCUAGGUGGGGGGCCACAGGUAACAAGUCGCCAAACUUUGCGACGUUGCCGCCAGAUCAACUUACGGAAAUGGCGAGGCAGUUUGCUGAUGCGCUGCCUGAGGCUGUCUUUUCGCCGGCUGAGAUUCAGGGGUAUUUGUUGCAGAAGAAGAGUGAUCCGCAGGGUGCGUUGGAUGGGGUGGGGGAGUGGAGGGAUGCGGUGCUUGAGGCGAAGAAGAAGGGGAAGAAGGUUAUUGAGUUGAAGUGA